AUGAACUGCGUUGCUUGCAAUCGCCCUGACGAAGCAGAGGAUAUGGUGUCAUGUGACAAGUGUGGAGAGUGGCAACAUUAUGGGUGUGCAGGAGUCGACGUUGAAAUUAAGCACAACCGGUGGAUGUGUGAAAAGUGCAGUUCUGGAGUGAAGACCACAGUUGAUUCGAUGGAAGUUACGAAUCACGCAGAGCAGGUCGGUGGAAACGUUAAAGGAGAGCUUAAGAGUAGGAGCGCCACGCGGUCGGCAAAGGAACGAUCGUACGACGAUGAUAAGCGCUCUCUGAAAGAGGAGCAAAGCGUUUCUAACUCCGCUGUGACGAGUAGUACUGGUGCGACAAAGAAGCGGUACAAGGACGAGAAGCUAUUAUCGACAAGUGGUGUAGAAGAGCGGCCAACGGUAAUCGACGGGCGGUCGAUCGUGUGUAGUGCAGCGGUUCGACGGCGUGAUGAGGAUACGUUGUCGAAGAAUAGCGGCGUAGCGGAGCGGCGAGAGGAAAUCGACGGACGGUCGAUAGUGCGUGAAACAGGUGAGCGGAUGCGUGGUGACGACACGCGGUCGAUGCUUAGUGAUGGAACGGAGCGGCUGGAGGUAAUCGACGGGCGGUCGAUCGUGCGUAGUGCAGCGGUUCGACGGCGUGAUGACGAUACGCUAUCGAAGAAUAGCGGCGUAGCGGAGCGGCGAGAGGAAAUCGGCGGACGGUCGAUAGUGCGUGAAACAGGUGAGCGGAUGCGUGGUGACGACACGCGGUCGAUGCUUAGUGAUGGAACGGAGCGGCUGGAGGUAAUCGACGGGCGGUCGAUCGUGCGUAGUGCAGCAGUUCGACGGCGUGAGGAUGAUACGCAAUCGAAACGUAGUGGCGAGACGGAUCGGCGUGAGGAAAUCGGCGGACGGUCGAUAGUUUGUGGAACGGGUGAGCGGAAGCGUGGUGACGACAUGCGGUCUAUGCGUAGCGAAGUGAUGAGACAGCAGGAUCAUUUCAACGAUACAUGA